CUCUGGGUUGUGGGUGUGUUGGCUUUGGGCAGUACUGUAAACGAAUUCGCGACGACUCUGAAGCUUUUUACUCCAUUUUAAGCGAAAGAGGAAUGAGCUAGAAAGAGCUGAGUAUGCCAUUUGGGUAUCGUAGCUAGUUUUGUGUUGUUCUGCGUUGUAUAAAGGAGCCCUGUGGGACGACAAAUUACAAAAAGCAAUUUGUUGCUCUCGGUUGUCGUCGGGUUUGACCUGGUGAGUGCUCAGCUUUCUCGGUACCAUCAGAGUGACUAGCUUCGAGCUAUCGCUAGCUGCCUUACUGUCUUAGCCUGCUAGCUUGCGACCUGAUUGACCACUUCAGUUUAACUACUGACGUCCUGAACAGGAUUUGCGGUCCGUCAAUGAGGAACUACAGGCUCAUCUUUUGCCAUAACCUGAAGCAGCCAUAGAUGGUCUUUCAAUUUACUGCUAGUGAGUAGAGCAGGGGAUACAGUAAACAUCUGGAUUUUUACAGUAAAAACACGAGCGACUGAAGCGGUGCGGCUGUGGAAGCGAUGAGGAAGAGCCUCUCUCAUACCCUGAGCGAGUCCCUCAGCACAGCCAGGGUGUUCGGUAUCCCUCUGGAGGAGGUGCAGCAGAGCGGCCAGCCUGGCCACGAGGUCCCCCUGUUGGUCAGGACCAUCGUGGAUUACAUUGAGGAGCACGGGGGACUGGGCCUUGAAGGUCUGUUCUUGGUGAACGGAAACGCCGAGCGUGUUGAAUGGCUGCGGCAGCGCUAUGACAGUGGUCAGGAGGUGAAUUUGGAGAAGGAGGCAGAUCUGGCCUCAGCCGUCAGCCUGCUGCGCCUCUUCCUGCAGGAGCUCCCAGAGCCCAUCAUCCCUGCAGACCUACAGACACACAUACUGCACCUUUAUCAAGAAUACAGUGGCGAGGAUGAGUUGGCGAGAAACAUGAAAUACAUCUUGCAGCAGCUUCCCCAGGUCAACUACAGCUUGCUGCGCUUUCUGUGCCGCUUCCUCUCUAACGUGGCUUCUCUUCAGGAGGAGAGCUGGAGCAUCAGCACGCUUGCUGCUGUCUUUGGUCCCGACAUCUUUCACUUAGAUACAGACGUGGAGGAGCUGAGGGAGCAGGAGUCAGUGAGCCGCAUUCUGGCUGAGCUGCUUGAAAACUGGGAGGAUUUCUUUGACACUGAGGAUGAUCUUUCCACUUCUAAUGACUACAGCUCCAUUAACGACCAGAUCACUGAGCUCCUGGAAGACGAGAAGAUAGAAGCGUGUGAAGAGCUCCUGCAGGAUGGCGAGGAUGGUCCUUCUUCACUCUCCCCCAAACACCCCAAUGUCUCCCCUUCUUCUAGCUCGCACAUCACUUCCAUCAGCAUUCUUCCAAGAUCUGCAGAUAUCCUCCAGAGAACCAUCCGAGCUGCUGUGGAGCAGCACUUUCUGGAUCUGCAGAGCUCCAUUGACCAAGAUCUCAGCAACUAUGAGAGCCAGGGCUCAUCCUGCCAAGCUGGCCUGGGGGACUGUACAAGUGAGAAGACUGUAGGUGCAGAAGAGCAUGGAGGAGAAGAGAAGACUGAUGCUGAAUCACCCACUCCUGAAGACCCCGACCAGUGUGCAGAAGAUGAAGAGGCAUUUCAAGGUUCCCAGCCUAGUGGCCUUGUGCCAGAAGAAAAUCUGAGAAUGGACCUUGACACAGAGGCGCUCAUAGAUGCUGAGAACAAUAUUAACACAACUCCAAGGCUGCAAAUGUACCCUGAGUGUGAGCACAUGGAGCAGACUGAUGCUGCCACCUGUGAGUCUGCUGCAGAUGUGUGUGAUCUGAAUGCCAACACAGAAAGCAGAGAGCAGCCCGACCUGCUGGCCCAUCAGCUUCAAUCCCGCUCUGUCAUCCAUGACAGAGAGUGGGAAGCCUCAUGCCCCUACACUUUCCCCCUCAUAGACUUCACAUGUAUGCACCUGCAGAGAGAAGGGCAUGAUCCUGUUCCAGUUUUCAUGUCAUGGCAGGAGGAGAGUGAGUCUGGAGAGGCACAGUUGUCUCCACUGGCAGGCCGCAUGUUGCCUCUGCCUCUAGGGGAUGAUGCGCAGCCAUUACUGGCACGCCACUUCCUGGAUUUUGGUCACAGUCAGCGCUUCCUGCAGCAGGAUUCCGAUGCCACUUCUUCAAAUAAAGCAUUGUCCUGUGGAAGGCCUCGCCGGGCCUCCUUCAGCUCCAAGGAGAGUGCAAAGGGUGACGGUGUCUGUCAGCAGCUCACCAAGAAACUCCAGAACCUCAAGAAAAAGAUCAAGCAGUUUGAAGAGCAGUUUGAAAAAGACAAGAACUACAUGCCAUCUCAUGCUGACAAGGCAGCUAAUCCCAAAGUCUUGAAGUGGAUGACUGACCUCACCAAAAUCCGUAAACAGCUUAAAGCAGGACGACAGCACCUCUUACCCAAAGCUUCCCUGAGGCACCAGGCAGUGCUUCACUUGCACAGACGCCACUCCUCCGCUCUGAACACACCCUAUUUUACACAGUCACGCCCCCUCACUGUCUCUAGACAGACACCCCACUUCUAUGCCAAACACAAGGCAGAGAAUGAGCUGACCCCACAGACGCGCCCACGCAGCAACACACUGCCUAAGAGCUUCGGCUCCACAUUGGAACACUCGACUCCUGAGGGCCUCGCUGAGAGAGAGGGUGAGGGACGGGGGUGCAGGCCCACCCGCGAAGAGACGCUGCAGCUCAUUGAGCAACAUCUAAGAACCAAGAGAGAGGAGGACGGCUGGCCCGAGGACAUCAGAAAAAUGACCAAGGAGCAGCUCACUUGUGAGAAGACAGUGCUGCAGAAGAACUUACUGUAUUAUGAGGGACUGCAUGGUCGUCCUGUCACUCGUGAAGAACGCUUGAUUGUCAAACCCUUGUAUGACCGAUACCGGCUGGUGAAACAGAUGCUCACCCGUGUCAGCAUCACACCCAUUAUUGCCUCGCCCUCCAGCAAGAGACGCAAUCAGACCCUGCAGCCCAUCAUCGAGGGUGAGACUGCCCACUUCUGCGAUGAGAUCAAAGAGGAAGAGGAGGAAGAGGAUGAGCAGGAAAGUGGAGGAAUGCAGAGUGAGGAGUCAGAGGUCAUCAUCGCUUUGGACCCGGCAGCCCAACCUAGCUCCCAGCAACCUCUGCCCGACAGCAUCCUGAGGCCGAAGAUGGGCGAAAGCUCGGGCAAGUUGACCCUUGACCUGCGUCUCUCCAGCUCUAACGCCUCCUCCAUGCCUGAGCUCCUGGAGCAGCUGUGGAAAGCCAGAGCCGAGAAGAAGAAGCUGAGGAGGACCAUUCGCGAGUUUGAGGAUGAGUUCUACAAGCAGAAUGGAAGGAAUGUACAGAAGGAGGACCGUGUGCCCAUGUUGGACGAGUACAAAGAGUACAAACGCAUCAAAGCCAAACUACGCCUGCUCGAGGUCCUCAUCAGCAAGCAGGACUCGUCCAAGUCCAUCUAGAGUCCAGCAUGCAGCGUCAGCGACACCACCCCCUACACCACCACGACAUCCACGUCUACAUCCCAUCACCUAGCAACCAACUGCUUUCACUUCAGAGAUUCAACAGGAGGACAUUCUCUCUGUCCCAGUUUUUUUUUUUAUAUUUAGUUUUGCCUGCUUGAUUUUGUUUGAUCAUAGCGAGAAAUCCUCAGCAUGAAGAGGAACAUGCUCGGCAUUUGAGCCGAUUCUUCAGAAGUGUGUGUGGACAGCAAGAACAGAACUUCCAACCACAUCCACAGUCAGCAUCUUUCUCAGACUUGCGCCAUUUAUUAAAGCUACAUCCCCAAACCCUGGGGACAUGAUACACUAUUAGUGUGUGUUCUGGACAGAAUUCUGUGUCUGUGUAAAAAUCAUACUCUGUGUAUGCACAAUAUGUUUGUGUUACAGUAUGUCCACGUUUCAUCUAAAAGAAGUUACUGAUAUGAUACUCUGAAUGUUGGUGGGUUUUUUUUUUAUUUUAUUUUUUUUAUCUUAGCUACUCUCUAACAAGAUAAACAGGAGAACAUGUUGGUGCUCUUUUUCUUUUGUUUCUAAAAAUAUACACGUGACUUCUCAGCGACCGCAGGGUUAAUCAGACUGACCAGAGAAUUUAACAUUGAAUUUAAGCUUGACUAUCGUAUAGUAUUCCUUCUUGUUUGGCUCUGUGUUUGAGUACUAUGUAACUAGAUGUAUAUUUAUUUAUAGCAUUUCUUCACUGUACUUGAUUCACAUCUCUUGGAUUUGUGUAUGAAUAAUGGAUCAGAGACUCUUUGAGGAAAUGAGUGUGUUAAAUAUCUAAGCUGAUGUUAGAAAAGAUUAGUUCCGCAGUCAAGGGGUCAUUUUGUGCUCACUCAUGUCGCACACUCGGGACGUUAUUGUUAAACCCAUGGUUAGUUAAUCAGCCUGGCUGGUGGAAGGUCACGCCAUGAAGCAGUGAAGUGUGUCCUCUAGGGCAGUGCAGCUUAACUGACAUCCUGGUGAACCUCACUUGAUGUCAGUGAAGGAAAUUCAUGCUAAUUUAACAGAAAGUGAGUACAGUUGGAACUAAUCGCCAACUAAUCAUCGGUUCAUUUUAAAACCUACAUUCCAUCAGCUUUACUUACGCUAAGAGAGACUGUAAUGUGUCAGCAUGGACACUUGCUUUAACUUUCUGUUGAAUUCACUUCCUCAUCAUCGUGGACUUGUUGAGAUUAGCUGUUCCUCCUGGAGGACACUGUAGCUCAGUGGACUAAAUCACUGACCUGAAACCAUGACAACAGUUGUAUAUCAGUAAAAAUCAUCAAAUGUGUAUAGAUGUCUUUUACUUGUAUUUUGCUUUUCAUGCUUGAUCAAGCAGCUCGAAAGUGAAAGGCAUUGCUGAUGUAUCUGCUUUAAGCUCUGGGCAUUAAGUGCAGGAACAAUGCGCACUUCUAACAGCAGCGAGUCCGAGUCAAGGGGAGGCGUGUUGAUGUUUUAGUGUGUACAGUCGUAGGGAGCAAACUUGCUCCACAGAAGCACUAGAUGAGAAAUAGAGGUCAGUGGAUGCACUCAGCUUUUUCUCAAGUCGCUCCGUUUUGCUGAAAGUAGAUAAAAAAAUUGGGAAAAAAAAGAAAUGGAAUGUUUUUCCAAAGGGUGUAGGAGCUAGUGAAUGUUUUUUGCACAGCAUUCUGAGAAUGCAGCCCACUGUUUGUUCAAAUUUGCUUGUACAUUUAAGCACUAAUUGUGUCUGAAGGAUGUUACUUUUUUAUGCAUGUUAAGCCCCUGUGUCACUUUGCAAUGUUCACAUGCAGAUUAUCUUUUUUUAUGAGCAUUAUUUUGUAUUAAUUUUUUAACCUUCACUUUCAACAAUCCAUCUUUACAGCGUAGUUCUCUGUAUUAACUAUAAACGUCUGCUUGUUUUUUAAAAAAAAACAAAAACAAGAAACGUGUCAGUAGUGAGUUUGCAUGGCAGAUAUUUGUAUUUCUAUUUUUGUGCCAUGAAAAAGAAGCAAUAACGAGGCAUCAAGGUCUUUAUCAGUGGAAUGAGAGGACGUCUGCAUCCAGUGUGUGCAUUUCCAAUAAAUGGCUUGUGAGACAUUCAUGCCUAAAAAGGAGA